GUCACUUCCUGGCGGGUUUAUUUCUCUCUGAAACUAAAGGAUGUAAACACAACCACCGUCCACGUACCGAGAAGUGACAGUAAACAAAGCCUCACAUGGAACAGCCGCUGAAAGCUUCGUUAAGCUCGAUUAAACAAAGUGAGAUAGUUGAAUUCAACUCCCAUUAGUCCGGGGUGUGACCUCAGCAACGAUCUUUCAUCAUCGCUCUCUGAUGGACCAAUCUGACAGCGUGAGAGACCUCAAGCACACGAUGGAGGCUGUGGCCCUGAAAGACGGUCCUGCUCCCGACAGCUCCAACGCACGGAGGGACACCUCGCCCGCAAACAUGCUGAGAAUAAAGCAGCAGAUGUCCAACCAGUGUUUUGAGAUGGCUGUACAGCUCAAUGCAGGGAAAGCAAAGAGGUCAUGCAGCACAUCUGAAGCAGAGAGAGACUUACCAGAUUACGUCAGUGAGCUGGAAAGAGUCAAGACAAAUCAUUUUAACAGCAGGUUGACACUGCAUAGGAUGCAGAUGUGGCAUGCAAUUGGAGAAAAGCUGAAAGAAAACAAUUCAGAGGCAGACGCACUGAAAGCUGUGAGCGAUCGCUGCAUGGCUUUUUGUUCACAUAUAAAACAACUUCAGAAAGGGUCCAGAGAUCUUCAAGAUGAAAUUACAGAAAUACAGAAGAAGAGACUUGAGAUGAAACGGCUCACACAUGAGAAAAUGAAAGAGAUGGAGGAGCUGAUGUCCAGGACAGAGCACCCGGACACAGAGAAGUACAAAGCGGUGCUAGAGAAAGGCAAGGCGAACCUGGAGAAAUAUAAAAAGCUGGCCAUCAUGACACAGAACGUACUGAGGGGGAUCCUGCUGGCCUGUAAAGUCAACUGGCUGGAUGAUCCCAAACUUCGAGACAUCGCCAUGACACUGGAGGAGAUUCCCAUCUCUGACUAGGAAAAGGAAUCUUUUCACUCAUAUUUAUGUUUCAGUGUUGCAUUGUU